UGAACGUAUCUAUUUCAAUUUUCACAACACCGCGUGUGUCUUCCUUGCGUAUACUUGCAGCGAGUGCGACGUUCCGGCUGGAUUCGACAGAACAUUCGCGAAGUGGAGAGCGACGCUGACCACAUGUACAGAAUGGCAGUCAUGUCGAUGCUGUUCGAGAAUAAAUACGGACUCGACCGAACCAAAUGCAUCAAGCUGUCACUUGUUCACGACAUGGCCGAGGCACUUGUGGGCGACCUGACGCCGCAUGACAACGUACCGAAGAAAGAAAAGCAUUUACGAGAAACGCAAGCCAUGAAGCUUAUGUGUAGUUUACUAAGCAAAGAAUUAGGAAAUGAAAUGUACACGUUAUGGGAGGAAUAUGAGGCGCAGGAAACGCCCGAGGCACGGGUCGUGAAGGAUCUGGAUAGGUUCGACAUGGUAAUGCAGGCGUACGAGUACGAGCGGUUAGAAGAUCGAGCAGGAGAAUUCCAGGAGUUCUACCAGUCGACCAACGGUACGUUCAGACAUCCCGAGGUGAAAGACUGGGUGGUCGAACUGAAUCGCAUGCGUGCCACGCUGAUAAAGCAGAAAAUAGGACACUGAUGGAGAUCACCAUUGACUCCUCCUUAUCUUUGCUCCUGUUCUUGGUCCUCCUUUUCCCUCCCCUUCAUUUUCCAUCCUAUCCUCCUCCUCCUCCCCUUGAUGAUACAAGGCUCUCAGGGGUGCAUCAUAACCAGAAGAACUACAAGUUGAUCGCUAGUACAGAGUGACCACGGUCACUCUAGUCUUCAUGUAGAUGGCGCUGGUAUCUGUUCGCCUAAUAAUUACGCAGUGGCACUUUUCCCAGUGUUGUACCAUAUACAUUACUAAUAUACAUAUACAUACUAUAUACAUACACAUACUACUACAUAUAUACAUAAUUACUAUAUACAUACACAUACUACUACAUAUACGUAAUUACUAUAUAUACAUAUACAUAACCAUGAAUAUUUAAUCUGUGCCAAACAAGAACAGCAACAGUAGAGAAUUCUGAUAAUAUAUAUUUAAUUUGUUCAUCACCGGUGCGUGUCUUAAAAAAGACUUUAACUAAGAUCAGGAGUUAAUAAAGACAAAUUAUCUGUUAUUAACCAGUUGUUUGUCUUUAUUAACUCCUGCUAAGAUGUAUA